AUGCAGCCCCGCCCGCCGCCGUUGCUACGAUACACCGCGGCGGCCUCAGUGGCGCCGCGACCUCGGGCCUCCGCCGCACCGGCGCCGAUCCGCGGCCCCCAGCCCGCCGGCAGCAUGGCUGAGGAAAAGUCUGACAAACCAUAUCUGGAGGAAAGUGCAUUUGAAGCACUGGAAAAAGAUUUCCAAGGAGUCAUCAGUGUACUUAAGGGAGAUAAAACUCUGGAAAAAUUCUGUAUAGAAUAUGAGAAGCUCCAUGCUGUGAUGAAGAAGUCUCAUGAGAAUGAAAAGCGUCUCAUGGAGAAAUGCAGGGCGCUGAAUGCCCAACUUGUGGCGAAUUCAUCUAAAGUGGCUGCACUCACAGAGCUCUCUAAAGAUGAUCAGGAAACAAUAUCAUCAAUGAAGGAGGAACUUGAAAAGGCCUGGAAAAUGGUGGACACAGCCUAUGAAAAGGAACAGAAAGCAAAAGAAACAAUUAAAUCAUUGCAAAAGAAAAUUGCUCACCUAACUAAUUUAGUGGAGCAAGGAUCUGGACCAUCCCUGGGACAAGAGAACAAUAUCCAGGAUUUGCUAAAACACAAAGACGAAAUAACAAAGGAGCGAAAUCAACUGUUGUCAGAGGUUGUGAAGCUACGUGAAAGUCUAACUCAAGCUACAGAUCAGCAGCAGAAUGCAGAAAGGGCAAAAAAUGAGGCAGAUCAGUCCGUUAUGCAGCUUCAACAGGAAAUACAGCUGCGACAGAAUGAGGCAACUCAAGAGGCCCGAAAGAAGGUAAAAAUAGAGAAGGAGCUGAAAAAUCUUCAGGCUGAAAUGGAUAACAAGCAAGCUGAGAUCAAGAAAUUACAGCAACAUAUAGAGAGAACCAAAGAGGAACAACUGAAAAUGGAACAACAUCUGAAAGAACAGAAGAUCUUGAAUGAAAAAGUUGAUAAGGAACUUGAACAACUUCAGACAAAAAAUAGUAAGCUCAUGCAAGAGAGAGAGCAGCACAAUGUGAUGCUUGCAGAGAUGAUGCAGGACAUCCAGCAGAAGACAGCAGAACUGAAAGCCAGAGAUGAAGAGGUGGCUCAGCUGCACACUGAAUUUUCAAAGCUGAACAAAGUCAGAGAUGUUCUCCAGAAUAAGCUGCGUGUUGCUGAGGAGCAAAGAGUUGAUGCAGAACAUGAGAGAAACACCCUAAAAAAUCAGAUAUCUGGACUGGAGAGAGAGUUGGAGGCUGCCAAAAAGCAGGCAGAUAUUGACAAGAAAGCUGUGGAUGAGCUCGUGCGGGAAAAGGAUAUAUUAAACAAGAACUUGGUCAAGGCUACCACUGCCACUCAGAAGCAGAUAAAUUUGGUGAAGCUACAUGAACAGUCAAAGAAAAUCUUGGAAGGAGAAAUCCAAAAUUAUAAGAAGGAAGCUCAGAAACAAAGGAAGAUUAUUUACCAAUUGGAGAAGGAAAGAGACUGUUUCAUCAAUGAAAUCAGUGAGCUCAAACAGAAGGUCCUCCAGCACCUGAAAGAGAAAGAAAUGUGUGAAAUACAGAUCUGUGACUAUGAGAAGAAAAUAAAAGAGUCUGAAAUUAAAUUAAAACAGCAAGAAACUGACUGUGAAACUGUGAGAACAGAGAGGAACCUGUACAGUCAAAACCUGAUUGAAGCUAAGGAGGAACUAGCAGAAGUGACGAACAAACUGAAAACUGUGACACUUCAGGUGGAACAGCUAAAAGAGGAGAUUGCAAACAAGGAAGCAGCCCUUGUGAAAGCACAAGAAGAUCAUCAGCAAAUAGAGAAGGAGAAGGAAUCAAUGAAAGAUGAACUGCUUAAAAUGAAAAAUAAGGCUCUGGAAACCAAACGUUUCUUAGAUGAUCAGGAGGCAGAAGAGAGAAGACUCCUAAAAAUCAUUGCUGAAGCUGAUGCUGAGAGGUUGAGGCAGAAGAAGGAAAUUGACCGGGUUAUCAAUGAGAGAGAUAUCCUGGGAUCUCAGCUAGUUCAGCGCCACGAAGAAGCAGUUCUGCUCUAUGAAAAGAUAAAAAUCCAGCAGUCCAUCUUAAACAAGGGUGAAGCUCAGUACCGACAGAGGAUGGAGGACAUCCGGCUUCUCAAGCUGGAGAUCAAAAAACUUCAUCGUGAGAAGGGGAUACUUGACAAGAACGUAGCUGACGUGGAGGAGCUCAGAAAGGAAGUUCAUCGCAUGCAGAAGGAACUAUCAAGGGAACAGACUCGGUGCAAAGUUUUGAAAGAAGAACUGGAGAAUCCCUUGAAUGUUCACAGGUGGAGAAAACUAGAGGCCAGCGACCCAAGUACUUACGAGCUGAUUCAGAAAAUACAGAGACUCCAGAAGCAGCUUAUCAGCAAGACAGGUGAAGUGAUAGAGAAGGAAUUGCUCCUUCAGGAAAAGGAGAAGCUGUAUGUGGAAUUGAAGCACAUCCUGGCCCGGCAGCCUGGGCCCGAAGCUGUAGAGCAGUUGCAGCUGUACCGGCGCACUCUACGAGAGAAAACUAAGCAGUUGAAAGUUUUGUCCUCAGAACUGAAUAUGUAUGAAUCACAGAGCCGAGAAUACAAACAUGAAAUUGAAAGACUUGCCAACGAGCUUCAGAACGUGAAGAAGAAAUAUCUGUCUCAGAAACGCAAGGAACAGCAGGCCAAGGUGAAGAACCAGUUCAUGACCGACAUGAAGCCUCAGAUUCCACACCACAGGUCUGAUGUUCCUUACUUCAUCAGAGGGGGCUUUGCUCUCAGGAGACCUCUGCCUAAAGUUGCAGCCUAGGAAUGGAUUAUUCUCUUCUUUCCUGUUCCCAGUUUCUUGAUAAAAUGUGUUUGUGCUGGAUUGUUUGAGUAAACAUAACUUUAAAAGGAAUUCAGAAUCAUCUUUCCCUCUAAAGUAAUUAUUGCCUUCACAAAAAGUCAUUUUAGAGUAAAAUUAAUGAAGGUUUUAGUUUACAAACUCUGGACCAAUCUGCUGAUAUGAGACCAGCAGGAGCUUGCACAGUAACUGAGUAGUUACUGCAGAUAUUUCUUCUUCAAUACUGUAUCUCUAUUUAGCACCGCAAGAUGCCUUAAUAUUCAUUUAUUUCCCCUUUAUCUGCUUCUGUUGUAAGCAUUCACUCUUUACAGUGAGUGUGACAGAGCACUGGAACAGGCUGCCCAGAAAGGUUAUGGAGUCUCCUUCUCUGGAGACUUUCAAAACCUGCCUGGAUGCAUUCCUGUGCUGUCUACCCUAGGGGAUCCUGCCUUGGCAGGGAGGUUGGAUUUGAUGGUCUCUGUAGGUCCCUUCCCGUCUCUAAAGUUCCAUGAUUCUGUGAUUUUUCUUCUGACUCAAAACACCUGAAAGAAAUGAGAUGACAGAAGAAAAAUUAAUAAGCUGUUGUCUCAAGCCCUACUGAGCAAAUGCAAAAUUAACAAGUCUUUAUUUAGAUGUACACAUGUAGCACUUCUUUGUGCAGGUAAUAUAUAAGAGGGUUUAUGCAGUGUUUCCUACAGCUGUUAGUAAGAUCAAGGAAGUUUGUGGCCACAACAUGCAUUAUUAAGAAUGUGAUUCUGUUUACUCUGAUAGACACAAAGUGACAUAAUUAUGUCUGUUUAACUGGAGAAACUGUACACACUGACUGGGACAUGCUGUUCUCCCACAUAAAUCUUUGCAAGCAAUUCAGACUUGGACUCAAAACAUGGCAAACUUUACUCUUUAAUUUCUAGACGCUUGGGCAUUUUUGUAACUUUCAGAAAUUGUUUUUGUAAUACAGCAGGAGCCCUCCAACCUUUUCAGCCAAAAGAGAUUUAAUUACCAUUCAUUAACAAGUGAAAUAACAAAGUCACGGCAUGAGGUGCUGAAGUAUAGAAAACUUUCAAGCUUUAAAAUAAAAUGUUUUGAAACUGAUUUGUACAUGGAAGCUUUCUCCCAGCCUGGGGGAUAAAAAUACUUGUCCAAAGAGAUAUGCUGAUAAAUAUUUCACAUGCACAAAAAACCCUUUGCAAAGAUUUUGUUCUUUCUUUUGGUGGAAUACAUAAUUAAAUAUUAAAGCUACUGUGGGAAACUUUUAAUGGAAGUAUUUAAUUCAAAGGAAUCAAGUUAAAUACGACAGGGAUCUACUUUGCUUUUACACUGGGGACCAGAACACUUAGUCAUCAGAUCCAUUGUAUUUGUCUUUUGUUCCCAAAAUAACUAUUACUGCUUUUUCACUGUCAACUGAAAAAAAAAUAUGCAUUAUGAUAAAGUUAUAAUUCUAGGGCAGUCGUUCUGUCUAAACUCUGUCUUUUGUGUACCUGACAUGUCCUUAUAGUUAGAAUAAUUGGCAGUAAAUGACAUGGGCACUUGAA